GACGCGCAUUUCCACACAGAAGAGGCACUCUGAUUUCACCAUGCGAGUACAGCUGUCUGCUACACUGACUAUAUUGUCUCUAACCCUUAACACAGUAUCCAGUGUGGGCCUUUCUGUGCUGGAGGGAAGCCCAGUCACACUGACUACAACACAACAUGAAGACAAAGAGGCCAUAAGGGACAUAAAAUGGUAUUUUAAUAAAAUUCGAACUAUUGUGUCAUAUUUACCAAAACACCAAGAUGUGGAAAUGGGUGACCUUUUCAAAGGCAGAGUGGAGUUUAAUGAAACAGAUUUCUCUCUGAUGCUGAAGAACCCUCAGAGGAGUGACAGUGGACUCUACACAGCUGUGCUGGAUAUAAGAGGGAAAGGUACAGAGACCGCUGCUUCAUAUGAGCUCUCUGUUCUGGCGCCUGUGGUGGCCCCCACUCUGACUGUGGUCUCUAACUGGUCCAGCAGUGACUCCUGUAAUGUGACUCUAAAGUGCACAGGACUCAAUGUGUCUCUGAUCUCCAGCUGUAACGGCACCUUCUGCUCUCAGGAGGGAGGAGACAGAUUCCUCUCCAUCGCUUUCAACCACACCAUUGUCUCCUGUAACCAUAGCAACCCUGUUAGCUGGAGGCAGACCACCAUGGAACUUGAACCCCUCUGUCCGUCGUAUGAAGCUGAUGUGGCGCCCCCUGCAGGAAUCUCUCCAUGUCUGCUGAAGGCCCUGCUGCUGUCUGUAGGUCUGAUCGUCAUGGUUACAGCUGUGAUCACUGUCCACAUCAGUUACAAACUGCAAAAAACUAAAUGAGUGUGCAAACAAACUCCCUC